UCGGAUCAAUAAUUGGAGACCCCUUCUACCCUACUCUCUUCCUGUUCCCGUCUUCUUGUAGUUUGGGUAAGGGAAUUCGAGCGUGUCUCUCGAUCCGAUCAAAGCGAGUGAGUGCACCUGAGCUAGGAGGCAGUUUGCAUGGGUGAGCUUGUCAGCUUGAUCGGCGAAUCUUAUCUUUGGAAGGGACGGAUCGGAGAAAUUGCCGGGGACGGGAAAAGCUGUGUGUGUGUAGUCAAGGGCACGGAGAUUCUAAGAUUAAGAAAGCCGAUCGGAGCUGACAAUAAGUGACACCGAGGCAAGAGGAGAUUAGAACUGUGUGGAAGUGGGGCAGCGACAGCGAAGCAAAUCAAUAGUCUUCCCUUCUGUGAGCGGGAAAUUGCUCUCUGGGUAAACAAGACCGCCGAGAGGACAGACGAGGAGAUUGGCUGACAUGUGUUUCCCUUCUCACUCUGCUCAGGUUGUUUUUGCACAUAUCUACCUUUGUUUUGUCUUUCUUCGAGUUGGGUGGGGAUCUGCUGAUCGGAAACUGAUGAGUUAUGUGAGCACUUGCACAUCACUAGGCAGUGCUAGGGUGCGUGUGUGCUCUACGCAAGCCGGCCUCUUUAAAGUGCGAGGAUAUUAAAGAGGCAAGUUGGUCAUAAGUCGGACAGGUCUGUGCCGGGGUAGGAAUUAAUCAGGAUUGUUGCUCAGGUCAUCGUCGCCAGAUAGAGGAAUAAUAAGUUUAGUGCGACUGUGUAUAGGUGUUUUUAAUUUUUAGCUACAUGUAGCUGCAGAAAUCACAUGUGACCGAUUGGCUGGAGCUUGUUGUUGCUGGUUCGUUUAAUAGGAACGAAAGGGAGGAGCCUGGAUUCGUUAUUGUGUAACCAUUGAGUUCACUGUAAAGUAUGUCAGACGUAUCUGCCAUAUGGACUGGUAGUACAUGUACCGAUAGGUGUGCCGUCUAGACAAUGCUUAGUGGAUCUCGGAGCCUCCUGUUUCUAUCAUUGCUGAGGUUGGUGUCUCACAAAAACGCAGUGUAGUGUGCCUGGAUGUUGUAAACGUUUCUUCAAACCCUUCAAAUUUGAGAAAUAUUGGAAAUUAGAAUUACUGCUUGUUUAUUUUGUGUACUGUAGAUGUACCAACCAGUUGCUGUGUUCUUCCUGUUCUGCAGUGUUUUUUUGCACUUCUUCAAAACAACCUGUAGUGCUUUUUCAAGCUUCCAUUCAGUCCAUGAAUUUACUUCUGAUAUAUCUCUUCAAGAAAACUCUGCUAGAUUUUCACCUGUAACAAUUUUGGAAGAAUCCUUUCUUGUUUGAGAUCCAAAUUCUGCCAGUGGGACAACCUGACACUUCAAAAAACCCAAGGAAAGGUCAGCUGUGUGGACGGAGUUUAAGUCCUACAAUUCAGUCCGACAGUGGCUGUACAAACAUUGCCAGCCCAGCCAUUGACGUGACGCCCAAAGGUGUUUUCUCUCCGCAUUGAACGUCAAACCAGCCAAAACUAAAUCAGCUGGGAAAAAAAUCUCAUGCGAGAGCAAGGAUAAUCGCUCAGCAGUCCACAUUACUGAAUGGACCACCUAGUGCUUUCCUGACUACUUGACUACUUUUGGUGAUUUCUUGAAGAUGUGAGGUCUUGAUGAUGUACGAACACCUGUAGUUUGCAGCCUGGCAGCCUGAAGUCAGUUAACUGUCUCCUGUUUUGGGCGCAGUGUUUCUGCCACCUGUCGUCUGUGAUUCCUGUCAGUUCCGUCACUACGUUGGAGUUCACACCAUCGCAACUUCAUGGGCCUUGUUCCAAUUUCUUGUUUAGGGAGCUAGGAAAACAAUUGUUGUGACCGACGGAUCCCCACCGUGAGAUGGAGCAGUCACGCUGACAGAUUACAUGUACCACAGCGCUCCCCUCCGCAGACCAUGAAUCAAUUUCGCCAGACCUGCCGUGUAACACUCUCCUAAUCACCCUCACGUCACGCCACUGACUUGGGUAAAUAUAUCCCCCGCUCAGCUCAGCUCGGCUGCCAAAGUGACAACCGGACAACGGAUUGUGCAAGUGCAUUCCCCACCAAGUGUGGAAAAUUGGAGGCGUGGUUUGUUUUGGGACGUUCCCCUUGGUUUGCGUGCGACUCGAGUUGAAAGCAGCCUGCUGCGCUGAGGCGGAAAGGUUUGCACCUGCGACUGGCUUUGGAUCGGUGAAUCAGAUGAAAAGAGACUUGCUACAUGCAUGUAACAGCUUUGAGGACUGGAGUUGGCUGUUUGUUGCCCUAGCUUUGUAGCAUUGCGACACGCUGUUCAUGUCCUCAAAGAGUGUUGGUAAACAUUGCGUCGACAGCGCCAGUGACAUGCUUGACUGUCUUCAAUAGAAGCGAUCGCGUCAUUGAGAUCAGUCAAUCGUUGUGAUCGUACAAAUGUAUGUUGCUUUUUCCUUGAAGUUUUGAGGAUGAUGUCGUAGUUUUGUGAACUAGUUUUGCAUUGUAAUGCUUUUUUGGAUUGGAAUAGCCACUUCUUUCGGUCGGCAACUUAGACAAGUUUUCAUCAUCACCAGCAGAAAUUAACAUUACCUCGGUUUUCUCUGCUCUGCUGUACUGUGAUUGAAUAGCUGAUAUAAGACUACAGUUCUGAUUGGACAGGUUUCAACAUUGCUUCAGCAGGGAUUUCAGAGUUAUCUCCACUCCACUUGAAACAACAAUUCUGAUUGGACGACCCACAAGGUAGCGCAUUUCUGAUUGGACAGCACUUCAAUAUUCUCGGUUACAUUUUAUCAGAGGAUUGCAAACUCAAAAAAUAAAAAAUAAAGAUGGGUCGGAGAGAUAAUGGCAACGGACGAAAACGGAACUCUGCCGUUACUAACGGAUAUCAUAAACAUAUCAACAACAACAACCACCAUCAUCAUCACCAUGGGAAAUCCAACGGAUAUGAGCCACCAAUCCGGAACGGAAAAACCCACUUCCCCUCCCGGACUUCCAAACAGAAUGGCCAUCAGUCCGCCAUAUGGACUAACUACAUAUCGCUGGUCUUUGGCUUUGCUUUGGCGGUGUAUUUGGGAUAUCGCAACGCCUGCUAUAUCAACAACUUACAUGAGAACCGGCUGUGGUUCUCAAACAUCAAGGAGGUCGAGCGUGAGAUAUCAUUCCGUACCGAGGCAGGGUUCUACUACUCAUUCUACAAGCAACUGGUCUUUGCGCCGUCCAUCACAGAAGGCCUGCACGGCUUGACUCACGACAACGACACGGAGAAUUGGCGGACCAUCAACGCUUUGGAACGAUUCAACAUCUAUCAGGAGGUGGUGCUUGCAAUCAUCUACAAGAGCUUGUCGUUUAUCCAGAAGUCCUACCCACCGAUCUUCUUCUACAUCUAUUCCGUCUUUGCCUUACAUGGCCUGUACCUGGUAGCACUCUACUGCACAGCAUGGAUGCUGAGUGGAUCCUGGUUGGCGGGGGUACUGGCGUCUGCUUUCUAUGUAUUCAACAAGGAAGAUACAACCAGAGUAGAUUACACCAUUCCACUGAGGGAGAGUUUUGCCUUACCCAUGCUGUUCACUCAGAUGGCCUUCAUUACCUACUACCUCCGACCAAACAUCACCGUCAUACGACAGAGAGUCAGCCUGGCCUUCAUCCUCCUGAGCUCAUUUCUCUUUGUCCUGUUCUGGCAGUUUGCCCAGUUUGUGUUCCUGCUUCAGGCCAUGGCGUUGUACGGAUCAGCAAGCCUUCAAAUGGUUCCAACUCACAAGGUUGUCCGCUUGCUCCUCCUUCAAGCAAUCUCCAUCCUGGCCGUCUGCCUCCUCCAGUUCUUCAACAAGAUGCUCCUGGGUUCCCUCGUCUUCAGUUUCAUCGCUGCGGCUCUCUUGGAUCUUCAAUUACAGGGAAAUCGUCCUUCUCCAGGUGGGAUUCUAACCCGAUUCAUCAAGCUGCUGGUCCAUGUGGUGCUGGUUCUAUUCCUGAUGGUGCUCAUCAACAUGUCCAUAAAGUUUGCCAUUGGCCUGGAGGCUGAUCAGCAUAUUUUCAAAUUCCUGACGGCCAAGUUUGGAAUUGCUAACAUAAGGGAUUUUGACGCCCUCAUGUACCAGUGCAAUGGAGCUUUUGGCUUCCUGCCCAUUGACACCAUAUGGCGGCUGAAUUGGAGACUAGUCUUUCCCCUCUACAGCGUUGUAAUAGUGGGAUUGUUGGCAGCGUUAGCCACAGCAGUGUAUCAAAACUGGAGCAAUCAAGCUGCUCUAGCCAGGGCCAAGAAAGAUGACGACGCCACUCCCCCGCCCCCAGAUGCCUCAGACUCCGCCCACCUCCUCAGCGAGCGUCCUGAGCUGGCUUAUCUAGCCAUUCAGUCUGUCUUCUUGGCUUGUCUAGCCGUAGCCAUACAGCGGCUCAAGUACCUGUGGCUGCCCCACGUCUGCGUGCUUGCUGCGUUUGGCAUCUGCGAUUAUCGGACAUGGAGGGCGCUUUUGACGCGGCUGGGAUUCAAGUCCGAAACCGGGGUACAGAUUGCUCGACAUGUCGCCACGCUUAUCGUGCUCGCUGUGUUUCUGACCAUUUCCUUACCUCGAGUGUACGCUGAACUUGAGGAGCUGCGCGAGUUCUAUGAUCCUGACACUGUGGAGCUGAUGAACUGGAUCAGGGAGCAGACCCCCAAGGCUGCUGUGUUCAGUGGUAGCAUGCAGCUCCUCGCUGGUGUCAAGUUGUGCACGGGGCGUAAGCUGACCAACCAUCCACAUUACGAGGACAAGGAACUCAGAGAGAGGACGUUGCAGCUGUAUCAGUAUUACGGACGGCAGCCACCCAACGAGGUCUACGACAUUCACAAAGCCAUGGGCACCGACUAUAUCAUCCUAGAAGACAGUAUUUGCUAUGCUAGAGCUGCGGCUCCGGGAUGUAGGUUACCAGACCUGAUCGACAUCACCAAUGGGCAUGUUUACAACGGCGCCAAAGCAGAGGAGUUGAAACUCUUAGUAGAAGCAAAAGUGGGAAGGUUCUGUGACAUCAUCAAGCGUCAAACGCCGGAGUAUAUGCGAUAUUUUCACCUCAUAUUCCACAACAAAACGUUCCGUGUUUACAAAGUGUUAUGACAGCUCAAAAUGUCUUAACCAGUUCGCGCCGGGAUCAUUUUGACAAGAAUGAAACGAGGCGCGGGAUUAAUUUUCACUUGACCUUAAGCCAGGCCGGUUGAAGCCAUCUACCUCGGGCAGCACACUCUUAUUUCCAGCCUCGCUCGCUGCGAGUGGAUUGCUGACAGAUAUUCCGGCCUAGCUCCCUGUGUGUUUAUCCGUCAUCCGUUUUGAAUACCGCAAAACCUUUGCGUGUAUAUAAUUCAUCCAGCGCGAACUGGUUAAAUGUCCGGGUUUUUUGUGGAGAUUUUAUGGGUCGUGUGUUUCUGAGUAGUGGUUCUUACAUUGAGGUGCAAUUUUGAGAGGAUGUUUGUUCUUUAAUAGUAUGUGUUGAUGUUUUGUAAUGUUUUGCAAAGAUGAGGUUCAAAGAAAUUGGGAAGAGUGCUUGAAAUUUGUAACUUGAAAUAUGCGUCAAAGUGUUGCAUACAUUUUAUGAGAGAAAUUGAUCAGUGUUUAUUUGUUUUUGUAUCGCCUUAAAAGUUUGGUUGAAAAGGUUGCACAUCUGUGUUCAAUUUCCAUAAACAAAAAACAAGUAUUAUAACAUGUGUUGUUUAUAUUAUUAAAGGUGUAUAUAUAUAUUUCAGAAAUUUGACGCAAGGUUGUAAACUUUUAGUCAUUUUAUCAAAAUUUAUUGGUGAAUUGCGUGCCAUAAAUUUAUUAUAGUUCUUUGUACAAAUGUAUCAAAUUUAUGCUGGUUGAGAUUUUUGCUAGUUCCAAGUGUUGAUGACAGUAGUCAGUGUACUUAAGUUUUUUUUUUUUAAAGUCUUGAAAUUAUGCGGAGUUCCAAUAUUUGCUUUUGUGAUAAAAGUGGACCAAAAAGUGUGCUGCAUGGCAAUUUUUUCCAUUUUACACGAUUUUUCUAUUGGUGAAAAAUGAUGAUUGAAUUUUUAAGGGGGUUUGGUCAAAUGAACUUAUAUUAGAAAGUUCAGUAUUUAAGUUUUGUUAUUGACUGAUAGUUGUUUUCGUAGAAGUUCGAAUAAUUUAAAAAUACUUCAUUGCUUUUAUAGAAUGACAUUUUAAGUGCCAAUUUCCAUGCAGAUUUUAAACUCCUUGCUAUGUUAACACAGUAUCAGCUCAAGCAAUUACAUCGUUAAGUUUCAUCUAAGUAAGGCAGGUAAUUCCAUACUCAAAAAAAGUUUCAAGCAUUUGUUGCAAGCGUCAGUGUUGGAUAUUUAAGUAUCAAGAAAGAUUCAUAGAAAAAAUUGAUAAUUUUAUUAUUCCUGUUAUAAAAUAUGCCAGAUUAUAUUCUGUGUCUGUAGAGUUUGUGACAUUUGAACAGGGUUUCAGCUAUUGUAUUCAUCCAUCUUACUGAUAGGUCAAUCUCGAAUGGAAUAAAACAGGUUUUGAACUGUUUGCUGUACACGUUUUGAAGCAAAA